AAUCUGGCGGCGGCGGCGGAGGCAACCGAUCGGCUAAGCUGGGUUAGAGAUGACAGCGGCUCAGGCUCAGCCGGCUCUGCGGUUGGGAGAAGAAAAGAAGGAGAAUAGAGGAGCUGCUGGCUGAGAAAAUGGCUGUUGAUGGUGGGUGUGGGGACACUGGAGACUGGGAAGGUCGCUGGAACCAUGUAAAGAAGUUCCUCGAGCGAUCUGGACCCUUCACACACCCUGAUUUCGAACCCAGCACUGAAUCUCUCCAGUUUUUGUUAGAUACAUGUAAAGUUCUGGUCAUUGGAGCUGGUGGCUUAGGAUGUGAGCUCCUAAAAAAUCUGGCAUUGUCUGGUUUUAGACAGAUUCAUGUUAUAGACAUGGACACUAUAGAUGUUUCCAAUCUAAAUAGGCAGUUUUUAUUUAGGCCUAAAGAUGUUGGAAGACCUAAGGCUGAAGUUGCUGCAGAAUUUCUAAAUGACAGAGUUCCUAAUUGCAAUGUAGUUCCACAUUUCAACAAGAUUCAGGAUUUUAAUGACACUUUCUAUCGACAAUUUCAUAUAAUAGUAUGUGGACUGGACUCUAUCAUAGCCAGAAGAUGGAUAAAUGGCAUGCUGAUAUCUCUUCUGAAUUAUGAAGAUGGUGUAUUAGAUCCAAGCUCCAUUGUCCCUUUGAUAGAUGGGGGUACAGAAGGUUUUAAAGGAAAUGCCCGGGUGAUUCUCCCUGGAAUGACUGCUUGUAUUGAAUGUACACUAGAAUUGUAUCCUCCACAGGUUAAUUUUCCCAUGUGCACCAUUGCAUCUAUGCCCAGGCUACCAGAACACUGUAUUGAGUAUGUAAGGAUACUGCAGUGGCCUAAGGAGCAGCCUUUUGGAGAAGGAGUUCCAUUAGAUGGAGAUGAUCCUGAUCAUAUUCAGUGGAUUUUCCAAAAGUCCCUCGAGAGAGCAUCACAAUAUAAUAUUAGGGGUGUUACCUAUAGACUCACUCAAGGAGUAGUGAAACGAAUCAUUCCUGCAGUAGCUUCUACAAAUGCAGUCAUUGCAGCUGUGUGUGCCACUGAGGUUUUUAAAAUAGCCACAAGUGCAUAUAUUCCUCUUAAUAAUUACUUGGUAUUCAAUGAUGUAGAUGGACUGUACACAUACACAUUUGAAGCAGAGAGAAAGGAAAACUGCCCAGCUUGUAGCCAGCUUCCUCAAAAUAUUCAGUUUUCUCCAUCCGCUAAACUGCAGGAGGUUUUGGAUUAUUUAACCAAUAGUGCUUCUCUGCAGAUGAAAUCUCCAGCCAUCACAGCCACAUUAGAGGGAAAAAAUAGAACACUUUACUUACAGUCAGUAACCUCUAUUGAAGAACGAACAAGGCCAAAUCUCUCCAAGACGUUGAAAGAAUUGGGACUCGUUGAUGGGCAAGAACUGGCAGUUGCUGAUGUCACCACACCACAGACUGUACUAUUCAAACUUCAUUUUACUUCUUAAGGAAAAUAAACCUGCACAUAAUAGAAAACUCAUGGAAAUAUAUUACGUGGAUGCUACAAAAUUUAAUGUCAUUUUUAGCAUUAGUGUUGCUGGAAUUUGGCUUCUUUUAUAUAAUGAACCACUCUUUUUUAAAUUUGUAACUUCCCCUUGAAGACAGAAUUUUGGAGUUGGUACUUGUAAGCAUUUUCAUUAAUAAUAUGGGAAAUGAUGCCUGGAGAGAGAGAGAAUGAGCAAAUGUAUUGCUUCUUUCAGAGGAGGAGGGACAAGCACUCUCUUGUGUCUGACUUUUGUUACUGUGGUCAAAGAAUGCAUUCCUCAGUUUUCAUGUGAGCACCCACAUAGAGAAAAGGUACCCCUUUAAAGAAAAAAAGAAAAUUAAGUUUUAAAUAACAUUGAAUAUGACACCCUGACAUCUAGAGCAUAUUGAACAUAGCCUAUUUCUUGCUUGAUUUAAUAUUCAUUUAAUUGUGGUUGUCCAAAUGAAUAUUAAUUAUUGCAAAGGUUACCUUGUCCAUAAUAAUUUGUAAAUGGUGUUAUAGCUGAAUACCUGUGCAUGGAAAUGGGAACUAUUUUCAUGUUUACUUGUGCCAUAGAGGCCAAUAUGCACAAUAUUAAAGCCAAGAUAUGGAUGUUUAGAAGAAUUUAAUGUUCAGGCAGUUAUCACUGAUGCUUUCACACUAUUUAUUAAUAAAAUCAUAUACUGUCAAC